CGCUUGGGGAUCUAUGUCCAGGGAAGGGUAGUGCAUUCAUUGGUCCCAACAUCAUUUGACUCUCUACCAAGCAAACUAGCAGGUGGCGUCAUCCAGUUCUCUCUCUCUCUCUCUCUAACUCGGACAGGAAAACGAAAUUCAAUCAUCAUGUGUGACGAUGAUGUUGCCGCUCUUGUCGUCGACAACGGGUCCGGAAUGGUGAAGGCCGGAUUCGCCGGAGACGAUGCACCAAGGGCUGUCUUUCCAUCCAUCGUUGGCAGGCCCCGUCACCAGGGUGUCAUGGUUGGUAUGGGACAAAAGGACAGCUACGUUGGAGACGAAGCACAGAGCAAGAGAGGUAUCCUCACCCUGAAGUACCCUAUUGAGCACGGUAUCGUCACCAACUGGGACGAUAUGGAGAAGAUAUGGCAUCACACCUUCUACAACGAGCUUCGUGUCGCUCCAGAGGAGCACCCCGUCCUUCUGACAGAGGCCCCCCUCAACCCUAAGGCCAACAGGGAAAAGAUGACACAGAUCAUGUUUGAGACCUUCAACUCGCCCGCCAUGUACGUCGCCAUCCAGGCCGUGCUUUCCCUCUACGCCUCUGGUCGUACCACUGGUAUCGUUUUCGACUCUGGCGACGGUGUUUCACACACUGUACCAAUCUAUGAGGGUUACGCCCUCCCCCACGCCAUCAUCCGUCUGGACUUGGCUGGACGUGAUCUUACCGAUUACCUGAUGAAGAUCCUUACCGAGCGUGGCUACUCUUUCACCACCACUGCUGAGCGUGAAAUCGUCCGUGACAUAAAGGAGAAGCUCUGCUACGUAGCUCUUGAUUUUGAGGAGGAGAUGCAAACUGCUGCCUCAUCCUCCUCCCUCGAGAAGAGCUACGAGCUUCCCGACGGACAGGUCAUCACCAUCGGCAACGAGCGAUUUCGUUGCUCAGAGACCCUCUUACAGCCCUCUUUCAUUGGAAUGGAAUCUGCUGGAAUCCAUGAGACCUGUUAUAACAGCAUCAUGAAGUGCGAUGUUGACAUCCGUAAGGAUCUAUACGCCAACACCGUUCUCUCCGGAGGCUCCACCAUGUUCCCAGGAAUCGCUGACAGGAUGCAGAAAGAGAUUGUCGCCCUUGCCCCACCAACCAUGAAGAUCAAGAUCAUCGCUCCUCCUGAGAGGAAAUACUCUGUAUGGAUCGGAGGCUCCAUUCUUGCCUCUCUCUCCACCUUCCAACAGAUGUGGAUCAGCAAGCAGGAAUACGAUGAGUCUGGUCCAUCCAUCGUCCACAGGAAGUGCUUCUAAACAACUUGAUUUUCUUCUACUUCUAAUGA